AUGGAUCCAAGCGGAGGUACUUCUUGCGCAAGAAAUAUAAAUCUGCCUCUUACCCAUCAGUCCUCACGCAACAACCUGAAGCGUCAAAUCACCGACCAGCUUGUAGCUCCGAGCGACGUCCUAAAUUACGAGAGAACUGUAAAAAGGCAGAAACCUGAACAGCUACCCGGGAGUCAAGCCAUGGAUAAGAGACAUCCCAGCUCCUUCCAGCAGCUGGAAAAGCUGGGUGAGGGGACAUAUGCAACAGUCUUCAAAGGACGUAACCGCCAGACAGGCGAGCUCGUUGCUCUCAAAGAGAUCCACCUAGAUAGCGAAGAAGGCACUCCCAGCACCGCCAUCCGCGAAAUUUCGCUCAUGAAAGAGCUCAAACAUGACAACAUUGUCUCAUUACACGAUGUCAUACAUACCGAGAAUAAGCUCAUGCUCGUAUUCGAAUACAUGGACAAGGACCUUAAGAAGUACAUGGACUCCCGCGGCUCCGGCGGCCAAUUGGACUACAUCACCAUCAAAUCCUUCAUGCACCAGCUCCUCCAAGGCAUUGCUUUUUGCCACGAAAAUCGUGUACUACAUCGAGAUUUAAAGCCUCAGAAUCUCCUCAUCAACAACAAGGGCCAACUCAAGCUUGCAGACUUCGGUCUGGCCAGAGCUUUCGGCAUUCCAGUCAAUACCUUCUCCAAUGAAGUAGUCACUCUCUGGUACCGCGCCCCAGACGUUCUCCUCGGCUCCCGCACCUACAACACCAGCAUCGACAUCUGGUCCGCCGGCUGCAUCAUGGCCGAAAUGUACACUGGACGCCCCUUAUUCCCCGGUACCACAAACGAAGACCAACUGCAGAAGAUUUUCCGCAUAAUGGGUACGCCAUCAGAGCGCAGUUGGCCUGGCAUCAGCCAAUUUCCCGAAUACAAAUCCAACUUUCACGUCUAUGCGACGCAAGAUUUGCGCAUGUUUCUUCCCCAAAUUGAUCAGAUGGGGCUGGAUCUGAUCUCGAGGAUGUUGCAGCUGAGGCCGGAGAUGAGGAUUGGUGCGUUGGAGGCAUUGAGUCAUUUGUGGUUCAGAGACCUUCCACAAUUGAGGCAACAGCAGGCACAGCAGGCACAGCAGAUGCAGCUGGGAGGGCAGGGAAGCAUGUUGAUGGGCGGAGCCAGUGGUGGUGGAUAUGGUGUCCCGGUUUACCAGUGA